CUCACAGACGCGCCCACACAUAACACUCUCUUGAGAGCAGCGAGGCAGGCAGGGAGCGAAGGGGAGGUGGGGGGAGCCGAGCGGGCAGGGCCGGGCCCCCGUUCCCGUCACAACACCACCAGCAGCCAUGGCGGCCAACGGCGAGAGUGGCGCCGGCGCCGGCGACGCUUCUGCGGCGGCCCGGAGGCGGUGGGAUCUCACGAGUAAAGGGGCGGAGAACAUACCAAUGGUGAAGGAGGCUGUGGAAAUGUCGACAGAUGAAGAACCAGACGGUGUUGUUAUAUGCCCACCAGAUGCUAACACUGGUGAUUGCGAUGAAGUUAUUAGUGGCAAUCAUCAUGAUAGUUCUCCAGAGGCCCAAGUAGCUUGUGUAGAACCGGUCAUGGGCGGAGACACCCAGGAAGACAAGCGUGUAAACCAAGAUUCACUGAAGUUGAUCGAUCAAGAGGAUUCUGCUCCACCUAAGUCACCAACAAAGCCUAGUAUGUCUGGAUCAGAGAGGUCUAAGCGUACAAUUCCUCAACCAUUCACACUUUCAACUCAAAGAAGGACUUCUGGAGGUGGAAAUGGUGAUGUGGCUCAUCCAUCAAAUGGUGGAGAAAAAUCUGGGCAUAGAAGUAGCUCCUCUCCAGCAAGCUUGAUAAAGAAGAGUACUCCAGUGGCACCCAAGAAGACUUCACAGCCUGACCAUACAUUUCACCCUCAAGAAGAAGAUUCCUGUUCUGUGACUUCUUCAACCACAACUUCAACAAGAGCUGGCAAAACUAAGACAACUGUUGCCUUUGCCCCUUCAUUUGUAUGUGACGACCGUGCUGACAAGAGGAAGGAGUUCUACACGAAACUAGAAGAGAAACACAAAGCUUUGGAAGCUGAGAAGGACCAGGCUGAAACAAGGAAAAAGGAUGAGCAAGAAGCGGCUUUAAAACAACUAAGGAAGUCCUUGGUCAUUAGAGCUAAACCCAUGCCAAGCUUCUACCAAGAAGGGCCCCCUCCAAAGGCUGAGCUCAAGAAGGUGCCUCCAACACGUGCGAAAUCACCAAAGUUUACAAGGAGAAAGAGCUACGGUGAUACUCCGCCAAACGGAGAGGCAGCCACCACCAGCGCAGCAUCUCAUCGGUCACAUCGUCACAGCAUUGGGAACCCUAAAGAUGCCAACAAAGCGCAAUGCUCGCCAAAGAAUGGUGUAGCUGCAAAGACCAGAUCUGUCAAACCUGUGAGCUGAAGGCUUUCUGAAAGAUCAUGGAGCAGAAAAAGCGCCGCGAAUGGCGCUGUACAAACCCUAACUCGAGUCGUUUUCUCUACUUUGUCAUUUUUCAAUUAAGUUAAUUUAUGUAAGGAGUCAGUCACUGGGUCGUUUAAAGUCACCGAUGAACUAAUUCGUGAGCUGAAGCUGAACGAUUGCAUUGCUCUGCUGGAUGUUUGUCUACGUAAUUUGCAAACUCUCAAAGUUUCAUGCUCCCA